CUGGGUAUUACCCUUGUUACUGUAGUGUUAGGUCGGCCCUUGACAGCUUGGAGCAGAAUGAUGGCGUGGAGCGAGAUCCCAACUCUCCCCACGAGAUUCUGGAACUUAUUCCUGAAGACUUUCUCGAAGAACACCUGACAGAAAGGCACGUGCAGAACGUACAGGAUCUGAACGAGCUCGUUCUCGACGAAGGAAGGAGGCCCUACGCCACUCUGCAAGGGCGCGGAAAGCUGUUCCUCUGCAGCGACAAGAGUGUGGUCGUGACCAAAGAACACAUCGACAUGGUCGUUGGGCGGCUCGACCUCGAGGGCAAGUUCGCGGGCGACAACCGAGCGGGCGUCCCGGGACAGCUGCACCGCAUCAGCGUCAUGAGGGGCAGGGAGGGCAGGCGGAUCUUCGGCGUGACUCUGCGGAUUGGCCGUUACUUCCCGGGUAGUGCAGGCUUGGUCGACGACCUGCUCUUCCACGUGCAGGGCAGCCCCGACAAGCCCGAGCGUGCCGCUUCUGUCCUUGUGCUGGGCAAGCCAGGGUGUGGCAAGACCACCGUCCUUCGCGACAUCUGCCGAAAGAUCUCCCAGGAGCAGACCGUGGUGAUUGUGGACACGAGCAACGAGAUUGCCGGCGACGGCCACAUCCCUCACCUCGCGGCCAUCGGACAGAGCCGGAGGAUGAUGGUUCCGGACAAGACAGACCAGCACAACGUGAUGAAAGAGGCGCUUCAGAACCACACGCCCCAGACGAUUGUGGUGGAUGAGGUAUCCAACAAGAACGAGGCUAGGGCAUGCUUGGACAUCAAGGCUCGAGGCGUCCGUGUGGUGGCGAGUGCCCACGGAGACUUGCAAUCGCUGCUCGAGAACCCGGAACUCAACACUCUGGUCGGAGGCACGACAAGCGUAACCCUAGGUGAUGCGAUGGCCAUCGCUACCAACGCGGGAAACAAGGUCCAGAGGCAGCGAGCCGGUGCACCGAUCUUUGACACGAUCGUAGAGCUAGAGCGGGGGCAAGUGAACAAGUGGACCAUCGUGUGGAAUGUCGACCUCGCUGUGGACGCUAUCCUGAGCGGGAAGCCGUACAAGGUGUCGCAGAGAACCCGCAUCCCGAAUGACUCGGGCCUCCAACAAGCGGGUGCUGACCACGAAGAUGCGGCUUUCCUUCUCAAGCACGCCUACGCGAUGGAACAGACCAAGCAGUACUACUGAUUGGAAGUCGUUCGCGGGGCGGUGAAAAGGGUAUAAUGGUCCUUGAACUUGAGUCUUUGAUGCCAAGGUACUGUAGACCAUGGAUACGUACACCAGCCUUGGCAGAGAUGAGACAGGUUUUUGGAGUACGCUGGCGUGUGUCCGAUUUUGUGUGUCUGAAUUGCGAGCCCCCGUUGAUUUGCAAACUGCCAGAGGCAGAGCUUAGUGUGAGCUGAUGAUGCAUGGCUGUCCAGUAUAGAACGGAGGGAUUCGGUCGGGACUUUCGAUCGAUGAAGCGUAGCUUGAAGGUGUGUAUUCGUUGUAGAGAUAACGUUUAAGGUCUCACACGAAUGAU